UUUAAGCCAGAUCUUUUUUCUCCCGAUGCAGAGAGGAAUUAGCAGCUUACGUUCUUCGAUCGAUUCGUGAUUCAGGCAGUUGAAUUCAGAUUCUUGAACAGACAUUUACAAACCUCGUUACAGCUAUGGAAAAGCGUCAGGUCAUGUGAUGAAUUUUAUGUACCCUCGAUCUGAAACAUUAAUCAAGUGAUACCGAUGUCUAAACAUUUGGAAUUUAUCUUACUUCACAUAAUUAUCUUGUAUGAAAACUCCGCUGGCUCUAACAACUGUCCCACGCGUUUUUCAGAACCAGGUCGUAUCCUGACAGGUCACGUGAUAUACACAUUACAACGUAAAACUUUUGAGAGCUGCACUUUUUCUUGCGAACUGGAGUGGCAAUGUCAUAGUGUCAACUACUUUUUAUUGCAUAAAACUUGUGAACUGAAUAACGCAACCAGGGAUGUUUUUCCUGAAGACAUAGUGGAACAGAGUGGAGUUGUUCAUGUGUCUGUGGUGAUCCACUUCCAUGAUCCUUGUACGAGCAUGCGCUGUGAAAAUGGAGGAAAGUGUAUUAGCAAUCCGAGCUUGAAGUGUCAGUGUCUUGAUGGAUUCAGCGGUCCUCGCUGUAAAAGUCUUAAAUCAUUAGGCAUGGAGACCGGAAUUAUCCCAGACAAUGAUAUCGUCGCUACAUCAUCAAAACCAGGUCACGAAGCGGGAAAAAGUCGUCUGAACGGACCAUCUUGUUGGAUGCCAGUAAACAAUCGUAAAACUGAGACCAUCACGAUUAAAUUUAAACACUGGGUCAGAAUAAUUGCCAUAGCAACACAGGGAUCCCCAAACGAUCGCUGUUGGGUGAAAAGUUACUUUAUCAAAUAUGGUGUUCGAAAUGUUAGUGGAUCUUUACUCAAGGAAUACCAGGCAAACUUUGACAAGGAAACAGUAGUUACAAACCAGCUCUCAGCUCCUUUACUUGUCGAUUGGAUUAAAAUUCGACCUGCAAGUUGGUCCUCAUGUAUUGCGCUGAGAGUCGAGUUGUAUGGAUACUAAAUUUUUCGUGAGGACUUCGUCAUGAUUAUGGCUACAACUCCCCGAUUUGCAAGUCUUGAAAACUGUCAUUUUUUGUUUUUAGUCUCCCCUUCACCCCCUCAGAGUAGUAGAGGUUCAAAAAAAAACUUAGCGAAAUAAGGUAUUAAGGAUGAAUAUUAAUUAGCAAUUAAUAAUGUUUACAUUUUUGUU